AUGAGUCCCAGAAAGAGAACCGCUCCAGCUAUGGAAUUAAAUGAACCUAUCAGAAAAUCUCCAAGAAAAGCUGCAACAAAAACAUUAUCUGAAAAUGUAAAAGUUGAUCCACAAGAUCCUUUUGAAUUGAUGAAAAUAGAAUCUGAAUUAUUUUUAAAGAAAUCAUGGGUCGAGAUUUGUGAGGAGGAACAGGCUGCUGAAAACUAUAAUUCAAUAAAGGAUGAGAAACCUUUAGAUGAACCUGUACCUGUAAGUUCUUCAAGAUCUAGAAAACAAGUUGCACCACAAAAAGCUACCGUCACUACACCAAGAUAUAUGAGAUCUCGUGCUCAAAAAGAUAAAGGUCCUGAAAAUAGUAGAAAAAGACGAAUGGAUCACUCUCGUUCAUCAUCAGUUUUUUCUGAUAAUGGAAGUUGUUCAGAUUUUCCCAGAAAACGCCUUUCACCUAAAAAAAAGGCUUACUCUACAGCUAAUACACCUAGUAGGAGUAACAAAUUUAGUGAAUCUGAUGGAAUAUCUUCAACAAUUGAAAUUAAAAAAAAAGACGGGUGGGUUGAACCCAAACUUGGUUGGUGUAAAGAUCCAGAAAUAUUAAUUAGAAGGACAAAAGAAAUAGAAAAAGCUAAAGAGAAACCAGUUUAUGCUGAAUAUUUGCAAGCCAUAUCAAAAAAUGAACGUGUUAAGGGAAUUCAUCCAAAAACUCCUAAUAAAUUUAUUAAUUUUUCACGUAGAUCAUGGGAUGCACAGGUAAAGUUAUGGAAAAGAUCAUUAUAUGAAUUCUUUGGAAGGACACCAGACACAUCUUGCCGUACCACACCACAAUGUUCCCGUGAAGCAUCACCUUCUUCAUCAAUGCAGGAGGGUAUUAAUCUUAUUGGUGAGACAGUGCCUAAAUUAGAUAGUAUUGAGAUACCUGUAAAUUUAAUUGAUCCUGAUAGGAUGUCUUCACUUUUAUCUAAAUUUGACAUCGACUCAAGACAACGCUUCCGUGAAAUGGAAGAGGAGUCAACUCUUAAAGCUUCUAACGCUAACACAAAAGGACCUACUGAUUUUAGUAAGGCAUUGUAG